UGGCGUCAUUUUAGUAUUUUGUUUUAUAGGCAACAUUACUUGUAAAUAUCUGUACAACAUAUUAAGAAAAAAGUAGUGUAAACAACAAUUUUAAAAUGAAAAAGUCUCCUUUAAGUACGCCAAGCGGUAGCAGGGGAAAACAAAGUUAUAAUUGGAAGUCACGCGAUCAUAAAAAUAGGACAGGUUAUAACUACGUUACAAGUGAUAGUUAUCAGUGUAUUUCAACAAAUGGAAAUCAAGUAAAUUCUGGAAACGACUUUAUUCCUUUGGGUAUGACUACACCAGAGCCGGAACAAAAGAGGCUCAAUGGUAAUUGGCAUGGUUCCGGAGGUAGUCGUAAUCAUCGUAGUUCAGGUAGCGGUGGAUUUAACCAUUACAGGAACAAUUAUCAUGCAACCCCAAAAUCAAAUUUCAAUAAUUCGUACUCUCCUUAUAAGAAUUUUGGUAAACAAUUUUAUGGUCAAAAAAAGGGUUACCAAAAGGAUGCGCGCAAACAGAUUGACAUAUCGAGGUACAUAGAUAUGAAAUCAUUUUUGGAAGAUCCUUGGGCAGAAUUAAUAAAAAAGUUAAAUAAAUCUGAAGAAACAAAUGGGGAAAAAUUGCCUAAAAUUGAACAGUCGCUUUCCCCGCAAUCUAUUUACAGAGAUUCUAACACUGAUUCUGAAAAUAAAUCUGUAACAGAUUUAAAUGAUUCUUGUCUUAGUCAAGAAUCCAAAAAUGAAUCCUCCUUAGAUCUAACAUUGGGGUUGGAUGAUACAGAUAUUAGUGAUAUAUCACGAACAGAAAGCUCAAUAAAUUCAAAAUUUGGUAAUGUAAGGUUCAGUCAAGAUUCAAAAAAUGAAAGCAUUUGCAGUAAUGAUGACAGUGCUUGCAAUGACAGUUACGAGGAAAGUAAUAUCCAUCAGUUUUGUGGUUCACAGACAAGCUUGAUUCAAGAACUUAUAUAACAGUGACAAAGAACUAAGUUCACUGUUUAGAAACAUAAUUACUUCCCAAAUAUGAUACACCAGUAUAUUAUACGUUGUACAUAUAGAUUCUCACUUGUACAUAGGUAUUGCGAAAAAUUAAUUAAACGUUUAUGUUAGAUUUUUUUGGAGUAAUGUUCUAGCAUAUGGAUGAAAGAGGUAAUGAAAUUUUUAGCAAUGCAGUUUUCCUUUACGAAGGUGGCUCUAUUGCAGAAGCAUAUCUAAUACAUAUGCAAGAUACAAUGUAUUAAAAUUAUCUUUCAAAUUAUAUUUUCACAAUGAGGCUGUGAGAAGUAAACGUAGUUUACAUGGAAGGAGUUGUAUAUGUGCAAUUCGUUAAUAUGUACUAAAAAAAAAAAGUAUGUAUGUCAGAAUACAAGGGAACAGUGAACACCAAUUUCUCACCAAUAGAUAUUAAGCGUUCCAGAUCUAGCUAAAAUGCUGUAGGCGGAAUAAAAUUUAAAUUUGCUUCAUCCAAGUCCUUAGUAAUUAUGUAAGGCAAGGUUUAUAAACAUUAUUGAACGUCCAUUAUUAAUUUUAGCCCCUUAAUCUAUAUGUCUAUAUACAGUAGUGCCCACAUAAGUGAUCGCAUUUUUGCCCACUUAAAUGUCCGCGGUUAUCCCCGCUAAUUCUUAGAAGCCAAGCGGCUUUGAACAUCGAGCGUGUCGAGCGUAAUAUGUAUAUGGUUUCGGGUGCCAACUAUUGUAUCUCACUCGCACUUAUCCUAUUUCCUUAUCUCCGUUGAAUUCUGAGAAGUAACCAUGUCCACAUAAAUGACCGCAGCCGGUCCCGAGCGUGGUCACUUAUGUGGGGACUACUGUAUAUAGAGGAGUGUAUAUAUAUGUAUAUAUAUAUACUCCUUUUAUCAUGACAGCAUAAAAAUAUAUGGAAAAUCAACAAUUAUGUAUUAAUAUUGUAUCACAUGUAUAUGUAAAUACGUGGCAUAAUCAUCAAUUCUAAGGCCUGCAUAGUAAAGUUGAUAGUUGGGCCUUAGUUAUGCCUCUGGUAUCACAUAUAUGAAUGUAGAAUUAAGUAAUUAUUACUCAAGUGCAAAUGUAUAUGAUUUUAAUUGCAAAUUUGAGUUAACUGUAUGAAGCAAUAUCUAUUUUUAUGUCAAUGUUAUAUCUCAUUUUAACAAUAAUUAAUUGUACGUUGUUCUUUGAUUUCUUCACACAGUAGUUUCAACUGUAAUAAUAAAAGUAUGGUAAAUUCAUAAAACUAAAAUAUCAAAAUAAUUCGUACUAGCUUUAUAUAAUUGUCAUAGAAACAAUACAGCAAGGGAUGCUUGUUUCCAGUCUUUACACAUUUUUAUAGUAUGUUUUAGCGAGCAAUGGAUGUAGAAAGUGAUAAAAGUGUCCUACAUGUUCGAUUAACAUGCUAACUUAAUGUACAAAUGACGAUCUGGUACAAAAAUUCAUAUAAUUUAUGAAAUUCAGAUUUCUUUCUAAGUUACAAUUUUACAUAAUAGUGUAAAGCAUGUUAUUGAUGUCUAA